AUGCCGCCUCACUCACAGUCGGAUACGGAAUCCGUCACUACCGUCAUCAGCCCGUCGUCCCGCAGAUAUGACGAGAUACUCGAUGAGAUCACCCACAAGUACGCCACCCAAGGUACCGAGACGGAGCUCAUAAGCCUACCAUUGGAUGACGCCCUCUUCAUCUUGGACGCCGGUAGAUGGGAGCCCGAUACUCUGUUGCACUUCCAGGAGUACCUGCAGCUGCGCGUGAGAUAUCCAGCCAAGUUCUAUGGCAAGGACGUCGCAUGGGCCGAGGACAUCAUACUCGCCGCGGACGUUAUGAGCAAUUGCGACUACUUGCGCACCAAUCCGAACAAGACGGUACCCCUCCUGCUACACGUCUACGCAAUCGCCCGCUGUGGACGUGCUGUCGCGGAGCGCAUUGAUUUGGAUAAGUUUGUGCAUCAUCACGUCGCACUCCGAGAUCCAGCAGGUGAUUACGACGCUACUGACGCAAUUUUCGAUGAGUGCGACGAUCCGUCCGAAUAUUCGGACAGAUAUGCGUCCGACCAUGUGUCGGAGGAGCGCGGGUCCGUAUUCGGCGGCGACUGGCAGCGACAACAGGAAGCAUACCAGAAAGAGCUGGAUAUUGCACUGAAGCAUGUCGUGACCGCCAGGGCCGCCAUGCUGGAGUACGUGGAGUAUGCGAAGUAUCCCGAGUGUAAGGGAUACACGGCCGACGACAAUGUGUACACAGAAAGGAAGGCCAGUGAUUACUGGGUGGAUUACGGCCUCUGCUGUAGGAAGGUCAAGCUCUUGCAGGAGAGACUGGACCGAUUCCAUUGCGAGUAUAUCAUGUAUCGGAAAGACGGUGGGAAACCUCAAUCCCUUGCACCGCCGCCAGACGACCGAGAUACCGACGAUGAAGCCGAAACGGAGUAUCAGAAGCUGGGCAGAGCCCUCGCCAGCAGGAGAUUUAUUUCAGACUCAUUCAGUGAGAGCACCAUUGGCGGAAAACGGCAGACCACUGGCACCGAGCGCGAGUCGUUUGAUGACUGGAGAUCCAGAAGAUACGCGGAGGGGCCGGCUUCCACGAUGUCGGUCGGUACGUCGGAAUCCGAGACCAUUGCCGAGGAAACUGAGGAAGACGCCAACAUGGAGAUCGACUCGGACGACGGCAAAGAUCCUAGGGGGCCAGAGACCAAGAGCCCGCCGGCAAGGACGAGGGAAGAACUGCUGAAGAAGACGCUCCUGCGCUACAACGUGUGGGUGGUGGUGAACUGGCCCCGGGGCAUCCUUUACGACGACAAAUCAUCAUACGAAGCCUUCCUGCAGGAAUUCAAAGACGUGAAGGCCGAGCCAGCCCAGAUAGAGCAAGAUCAGACGAGCGGGAAGUCGGCCAAAGAACCUCCCUACAAGGCCAGCGGGCCCAUCGUUCCGGCCGGCGACGACCUACCAAGCCACGCCGCCGUCCUCGUUACCUCGCUACAGAACUACAUCACCGAGCUCCAAUACUGUGCCAAGCGGCUCGAAGAGGAUCGAGAAACGGUGCGGUCGCGGAAUGGCGGCAAGCCAGACACCGCGCCCAUCACCCGCAGCGUCAUUUUCCUCCACCGCACUAAAUUCCGGCUCAACAGGCUGCAGGCGAACCUCGAUCUCUACCAGAAGGAACUGGACGAGCAGCUUAGAAUGCUGCGUCCUGUGCCGUGUGCCGCCACCAUCGCCCCUACCGUCGUGGCCGAGAUGGCCGCCAUCGACGAGAACCGCAAGCGGCAGCGCUGGCCGCAGGACAGCGACGACCUCUGCCUGCAGACCGUCGGCAAACCCAUCAACAUUGCGCGCCCGAAGCCCCUCGGGCUGAGCGGGUCCUCGAAGCCCAUGAAGCUGCUGCAGGAGGGCGGCAACAGCAACAAUAAGUCGAUGACCACCAUGAUCAUAUCCGGCGAGUCGAAGACCGUGGCCCAGCUGUUCGAUGCCGCCAAUGACAUCGCGACGUACGAGGACGCGGCCGCGACCUUGAGCCAGCGGCUCGGCGCGUACGCGACGUGGAUGCGCGAGGAGGCGGGUGCGAGUGAACGCAACUGGGUCGUGGUGUUUGAGGUGCGCAAACAAGCCCUGGAGUGGUGGAGGUCGGCUGUGCGGAAAUUGGAAGCGCUUGGGGCAGCCGGCAACGAUGAUGCUGCCGGGGCUGCUGGAUCGAGGUCGAAGUGCAAGGCUGCGGAUGAUGGGAAAUCGUCUGCCUCCACCUCGAAGUCGCACAGAUGUAGAUCCAAGUCCAAGGCCCGAUCGAAGACGAGGUCAAAGUCGAAGGGACGCAAGCGGUCUCUCCAGUCUGAAAGCGACGAUAGCUCGCAGGCCGCAGGAGGCAAGAAGCGCAAGACGGACCGCCGUCGUGGUCGCGCCGAGGGUGCGGAGGGCAGUUCUGCGGCUUUUCCUGGUGGGUUCGGGGUCAUGACGGUCGAUGACGACAAGCUCUACUACCGUGUUUGA